AUGGUGACCAAUGUCAAAGUAGAAGAUAGGCUUGAUGGGGUCUCCAACUUCAACUCUUGGAAGUCUAGAGUACUCAUUGUUCUAAAAGAGAAUGAUCUUCUAGAAUUUGUAGAAGUUGAUAUAUCUAAGCCAAUAGAAGACUUAAAGAAAAUCCAAUGGAAGAAAAAUGGUACAAAGGCUAGAAAGAUCAUGAUAGACUCCGUAAAGGAUCACCUAGUACCAAUCAUCUCCAAGAUGAAGACAGCUAAAGAAACGUUUGAUGCAUUAAAAGGACUAUAUGAGAUAAAUAAUAUCAGCAGAGCCCUCGCUCUAAGACAACAACUCCAUCAUAUAAAAUUGACUAAAGGAGACUCAAAUGCUUCAUUCUUUAUAAAGAUCUCUGAUCUGAGAGAUCAGUUGAGCACUAUUGGGGAUACAAUUGCAAAUAGAGAUCUUGCUAUGUUGGCUCUCAAUGGUCUUCCCAAUCUUGGGAACCAUUCAUUCAUAGCAUCAGUGGGAGAUCCAAGUUGCCAAAGUUUGAUCGUCUACGAGCUGAUUGUAUUCAGGAGGAAGCUAGACUGGCAGCAAGAGGAAAUGGGCGAAGCUCCCAUAAUGAAGAAAGUCAAGUUCUUACUGUACAUGCUACUAGAGAAAAGGGAAAAGGAAAAAGAGGAAAAAGAGGCACCUUCAAGAGAAAUAAAGACAGAUUUUGUUCUAGAAUCAAGAAAGAAGGAUCUUUCUAAUAUUCAAUGCUACUAG